AUGGCGCCAUUUAGGAAAAACAAUGAACGCAGGGGAGUUGAUAUCUCAGAUGUGCUGGAGAUGGGAGCCUCCAAAAUCAAGAAGAAGAUACGAGACAUAGAGAGGGUACAGAAGAGAGAAACCCUUCCAGCUGACAUAAGGAUCGAGAACGAGAGGGCAUUGUUGGCCCUGAGGCAUGAACUCAAGGAUAAGGAGUUUAAUUUGAAGGCAAAGGCAAUGUCAAAGAAGUAUCACAUGGUGCGAUUUUUCGAGAAAAAGAAAGCCAUCAGAAGACUGAAACAGGCCAUAAAGACAGUUGAUGACCUCGAAACCCAGCUGCAGGAUGGCCAGGAGGUCAAGAAGGACCUUAAGAAGGCAAGGAAGGUGAGAAAGCAUUGUGAGUCUGAUUUGGCUUAUGUUCUUAAUUUUCCAAGAACAGAGAAGUACAUUGCCUUAUUUCCGAACGAAGAUUCCACUGAUACUGCUAAGCUAGAUGAGAAGGCCAAGAAGGGAUUGAAAGACACGGAAGAAAAGAGAAAGCAAUACAAAAAACAGUUCUCAGAGAUGCUGGAGCAAGGCACGUUAGAGGUUGGCAUAGAAACCGCUUUUGGAGGGAAAAAGGUUGAGAAUAAGAAGUUGAAGGCUACUCAAUCGUCUAUUGAUGCCUCUACUGAGAGACCAAAGGACGAAGAGGAGGAUGAGUUCUUUGAAUGA